GAAAAAUGAAAGACGAUCCCAUCACGAAGGUCAGAGUCACAGGACAAUGGAAGUAUGUCCAGGAUAUCCCAGAAGAAUCUGAGAGAAAACUUACUGGAAAUGUGUAUGUCAACCAUGAGUUUGAGUCCUGGGCUGACAACCGUCCCUCGCGUGUUAUGGCACUCAAAGAUCAAAGGAAGUCAUACGAGCACUACAAGCCAAAACAAAAUAAAGAAUUUACAAUGAUGACAAUGGAUGGGUCAAACUAUGUGGCUCCAGGUAGCUCACAAAUCUACUAUGGAAACUUCUAUGAAGACUGGACUGAAUACGCACUCGAAGAUGGUAGACCUUAUUGGCACAAUGCUGAUCUUGGUCUAAGUACUUGGGAUGACCCAAUGUUCAUUCUUGAGGUGCUCAAAAAGAAUCAUAUCAAAAACUCUAUUGAUAUGAUCCCCCACUAUUGGAAGAAUAUUGAGAAUACCCCGUUCAUCGAAUUGGAGAUGAAGAAUGGGCAAAAAUUAUAUAUCCACAGAGCAUUCAAAAGAGUUUUCGAUAAGAACCCUCUCAUGCCAGAAGAGGAAGCUACCAACAUCAAAAUCAAAACCGAGCGAGAAAAGGAUCUCAUGCAGAAAGUCAGAGAAUCCAGACUCAAAAGAAGACAACUCAAGGAGAAAUCUAAAAAGGAGGAACCUGAGCCAGAAGUUAGACUUGAAGAAGAUCCUAUUCAUCAACAAGUAGAGCAACCUAUGGAUCAACCCCAACCUCAGUUUUCUUUGAAACCUGCUAAAAUUCAUAGGCCAGGAGACGCUCAACAGCCAAGAGAUGAAGAAAUGAAGGAAACGGCCCCUCAAUCUCAUCUAAACGAGAAUGUUGGUGAGAGAAAGGAGAUCAAAACAGAGAUUAUUAAUGAUGACGAAGACCUUAACUCUUCAUCAGAUGAAGACCCAAAUGUUCCAUCGGCUGAGGACCCAAAUGCUCCUUCUGAUGAAGAUCCUAAUGCUCCUUCAGAAGAAGAUCCCAAUGCUCCUUCAGAAGAAGACCCCAAUGCUCCUUCAGAAGAAGAUCCCAAUGCUCCUUCAGAUUCAGAACUUGACCCAAAUGCAGAGUCAGAAGAUGAGCUUGAUCCAAAUGCUGCUAGCUCAGAAGAAGUAUCAAACAAAGCUGAAAAUCAACCUGAACCAGCUCAGGACUCAGAAGAGCCAACUGUAAUGUCAAUGUUUGAAAGGAAAAAGCUUCAAAUACAAAAGAGCAAGGAGACUUUGGCCCAAUACGAGUCAAUUGCAAUCGAGUUCCUCGAACUCAAAAGAAUCACCCCAGAAACCGACUUUGAUGAAUUCGAUGACCUUGUAAAAGCCAAACUUAAAGGAAGAGUUGCCAUGAGCCGUAAGCAGAAGGAAGAGUGCUUCAUAUCCGCCAUUAAGAGAUUCAAGAAUCAAAAGAAAGACAAAAUCAAGCAGAACUUCAUCGAUUACGUUAAAAGAAUUCUUCCAGAAGUGGAUGUUAAGGAGACAACUGCCUUCAAAGACUACAAAGAAGUCCUUAAAGGUAACUGAGCUUGUCAUGCCAACCCCCAUAUCUACAAAUCAGUCAGCAAGAGCAAGAGGGAGAAGUACUUCAAAGAAUACGUAAGCAACGUUCUCGAAGAACGUGAGAAGAAUAAUAAAGUCUCUCUGAAGCAAAGACUUGAACUCCUGAAGAAGAAAGAAGAGAAAAAGAAGGAACGUGACAGAAGAAAGCUUGAAGAAGAUGACCCCAAGGAAGCUAGGAAGCGCAAACUUGAAGAAGCAGUCGAGAAUUACAACGAAAUGCUUAAAGAGAAAGUCACUGACCCAGACCUUGACUGGGAACAGGCCCAGAAGCUGAUCGAAAAUGAUAAAAGGUACAGAAACGAAGCUAUUUUCCCUGACAAAAGGGAGAAACUGUGGAAGUCCCAUAGGCAUUUCCUCUUCGUUGAGAAAAGAGAGCAAAAGAAGAACCAAAGAAAGAAUAAUCAUUAG